AUGGAUACGAUGCAGGUUACUGAAGGAAGUUCAUCUGGUCUCCAGAGUAGUAGUAGUGAGAAGAAUGUGAAUAAACUUGUUGAGAGCAAGUCUAGUAAUAAAAAUCACUCUCAGAAUAAAAAUAUCAAGAAUAAAAAAUUUCAAAAUUACAAGAAUCCUAAUGGUAGCCAACACCAUGGUAAGCAGAAACGGUAUAAUGGACGUGGUGGCAAAUUCCCUUCCAAGUUUACCUCUUCAAAUGAGCAUCUUCAACAGGCUGGAUCAGGAUUUGUCCAGGAUAGUUUGGAGGAUUCUAUUCAGGAUGAAAUUAUUGGUGGCAACUAUAAGUUGAGAGGUCGCAAGACUAAAAUAUCUAUUAAUCAUUUGCUAGAAUUCCAGCUUCCAGAAAUUGAAAGAGAUUCACACUCUCAACCUUCUAUUCACAAAUCGAAAUCUGAAAAAAGGAAAAAUGUGGAACAUAUCCAUCUACAUGGUGAUUCUUUUAUUAAUGCAAACUAUAGACUGCUUGUUGAUUCAAGAUCUGAAUAUAAAGCACAAAGUGCUGAUCCCAAUUGCUUGGUUCCAGCCGAGAAUAUUGUAAGAGUUGUGGUUCCCAAGGGACAAAACUGUCCAAUUUGUUUAUGUGAAGAACCAGUAGCACCACGAAUGGUUACCUGUGGGCACAUAUUUUGUUAUACAUGUCUCUUGACAUUUUUUUCGAUUGUUGAUACAGUUAAGAAUCCAAAUACUGGUUUUGUAAAGCAAAAGAAAUACAAAGAGUGUCCAUUGUGUAGUAGUAUUAUCAGAUCCCAUAAUGUCAAGGAUGUUAUAUUCGAAGACAAUUCAGAAAAUUCAAAAAUUGAUCAGUUACCAAAGGCUGGUUCCAACUGUGAGUUUUUGUUGAUGUGUAAACCUCAUGCUUUUGCCUUAGCUCUCCCAGCUGAAUUGAAUGUAGAUAUUGAAAAAAUUGGUAAUUUUCCUACUAUUCAAAUGAAGGAAGUUUCUAAAUAUUCCAGAAUUAUUACUUGUAAUACUUCGUAUUCAUUACAAUUAUUUCAGAACGAUAUUGAUGCUAUUCAAGAUCAAUAUGCAGUCGAUAAGGCAUUGUAUAAUGCUGAUAAUAGGUUUGUGAACUCAGCAAUCGAUAGUAUUAAUGAAAAAGUUACAGAAACCCUCUCUAGGGAUGACUCUUUAGACGAUUCAUUCUCUGAUCAGCUUUUAAUGAAGGAUACCAAUUUAUCUUCCCGUUACAAUGACUCUAGUUCAUUUUUCUUCUAUCAGACUUCAUUUAACAGCAGUACUAAAUUCUUUUUAUCCCCAUUGGACAUUAAGAUAUUAAGAGAAGGAUUUGAGCAAUAUAGUAAAAUGCCUUUAAGACUCGAGAUGGCCAUUGAGAACAUUCACUUUGGAGAUGUUAUAACUCACGAUUAUAUUAAUCGGUAUAAGUAUGUCAGUCACUUACCAUUAGGAACCGAGAUAGCAUUAGUUGAUUUAGAUUGGAGAAACUCAGAGAUCAUACCGAAGCAUGUGUAUGGAAAAUUUGCUAAUGAGUUGAAACAAAGAAGAAGAAAGUUUUCUAUGAAACAGAAAAGAGAAGACAUUCAAAAAAAGAUUUAUGAGAAUAGAUUAGAAAAAGAACAUAAAGAAUUUUACCAAAGAGAAAAUGGUGAAUUCUAUAAUAUUCACGAGACUGACUAUUCUGUAAGCGCUACAUCUCAGGAAUUUCUUGGAUCCUUAAGUGAGUUGAAUCUCUCAAGAAAUUCAGCUAGGAAAUCUGAUACAUCUGCUUACUCAAAUGGAAAUGGGAAUGAGCACAGACAAAAAUCCUACACUGAGACAACUAUCUGGGGUACUUCAAUUGAUAUUCAAGUAGAUGAUAAGAGAUAUCAAGAAGAAAAAGAGUUUCAAGAGAUGUUGCUACAAAAAAUGCAAGAACCUCCAAAAUCGGAAUCUUCGAAUGUAUCAAUUGAAUCAAACCCAAAAUCAAAGUCAAAAUCAAAGUCGAAGGCAAAAGUGCUAUUAUUCAGCAGCGGAGGUCAUCAGAACUUCUAA